GGAUUUCAAUAUUGAAGCUUUAGGGUUCAUCCAAGAUCUGGUUUUGAUCAACACUCAAUUGUAGCACAUCUAAGGGUAACCUGAAGAGAACUCAAAGAGUAGCAACAGUAAUGACGAAUGGAAGCCAAUCCACAGAGAACUCAGAUUUUAGUUCAAAUAACAUCACAGAAACAUUGAGGUAUGCAGUUGUGACUGGAGCAAACAAGGGUAUUGGGUUUGAGACGGUUAGGCAGCUCGCAGCUUCGGGUGUGAYAGUCUUGUUGACAGCCCGAAAUGAGAAGMGGGGUACGGAGGCUGUGUCUUUGCUCCACGGACUUGGCUUAUCGAAUGUGCUGUACCAUCAGCUGGAUGUACAAGACCCUCAGAGCAUAGAAGCUUUGGCCAAUUUCAUACAAACCCAAUUUGGAAGACUUGAUAUCUUGGUGAAUAAUGCUGGAGUCUCUGGAGUGCUGGUUGAUGAAGAUGGUCUAAGGGCUCUAAAUAUAGAUCCAGCAUCUUGGCUCUCAGGCAGGGCCAUGAACAUUGUUCAAGGGGUGAUUAAAACCACAUACGACAAGGCAAAAGAAUGCCUCGACACAAAUUACUACGGUGUGAAGAACGUAAUACGGGCACUCCUUCCACUYCUACAGCGUUCCACUUMUGGUGCUAGGAUCGUAAAUGUCUCUUCCCUCCAAGGUGAAUUAUGGAGGAUUCCAAAUGAACAAGUAAGAAAGGAACUUGGAGAUGUAGAGUAUUUGAGCGAAAAGAAGAUAGACGGGUUUGUUGAGAAGUUUUUAGAAGAUUUAAGUAACGAUGAACUUGAAGCUAACGGAUGGUCAAAGAUGCUACCAGCUUAUAGUGUGUCGAAGGCCAUGCUCAAUGCCUAUACUAGAGUUCUUGCAAAGACAUACCCAGAUAUGUGUAUCAACUGCGUACACCCUGGAUACGUUGACACCGACUCGAAUUGGCACACAGGUACAAUGAUGUUGGAAGAGGGAGCACAAGGCUCAGUUAUGCUGGCUCUUUUACCUCCAGGAGGUCCCUCGGGCUGCUAUUUUGAUCGAACACAAGUUGGCGAAUUUUGAUCCUGAUUUCCUUUGGAGGAACUCAGUUGUUAUAACUUCAACUUGUAAGCUAUCAUUAGGGAGCCCUCAAGUAUUUGUUUAUGUUGUUUGAGUAACUGCUUUUGUUGACUAUCAUUAUUUGUUUGACGAUCUAUUUGUUGUUCCUAUUAGUUGUGGCAUGUUCCUGAAUAAUCAAUAAAUUUUCCCUA